AUGCCCAGAAUUCUACCUUGGACGCGCGCCCAGGAUGAUGACAGAUCCGCAGAGCGCGAUUCGCCCUCGCUGAAGCGCGUCAAGCGGGAAUCAUCUUUCAGCGACCAGACGCAUGCAGAGAGGCCGGCGUCACCAAAAGCGAAGCGGGAAUACCUGAAGUCUUCCCCAUCGCCUCCAUAUGCUACCAAACGCGACUCCCCCGUUGAGUCGUUGGCCGAAGUGUCGAAAUACAAGGAACACCUCAAAGAUGGAGUCCUCGACGACACUAAGCCUUUCGAUCGGCCUUCCAAUCACGCGGUGUACAAGACUCCUGGAGAUGAUACCGAUCGACCGACAGAUGGCAGGACUCCUACCUCAAAAGAGAUUCAACUGAAAGGGAAGUCCGAGGCACUUUCGGCGCGUCAGAGUACCGGGCUUGAACAGAUCAAUGCCGAAGACGCGAAGAAAAGUACCGGCAAUGGCAGUAACUACGACGACGAUAAUUUUCGAGGAACUCAUUUGUAUCAUUUGAUGACAACCCCGAAGAAAUCGCGAUCGCUUUUAAACGUCCACGGAAUCGAAAUAAAGUCGUCUACGAGAGCUGCAGCGGGUUUCGGGCCCCCAGCUGCAUUCGUCAUUGGCCCGAAUAGAGCAUCUAACAGUGCUGCAGGUGCUUCGACCGCACCACCACCGGAGAGGAAGUCCCAGGUUCUCACUGGAGAUCUGACACAAUCAAGCGAUGAAGAUGAUCUUGAUGGUCCCAUUCAUCGAGCACCUACGUCUACAUUUACAAAAGCGAUAGAACGACCGGAGCCUAGAAUUUACCAGGAAUCGCCCCGGCCGCGUGAAAGAAUCCCAGAAAAUAAUAUGCAAAAAAAGAACAAGUCCACGAACAAGUCUACAAGUGAGAAACGGAAACCUUCGCCAAAUCGGCAAUCCGGAAAAACCACAGUGGGGUUCAAGUCGAAAAUGCAGUCAUUAUUUGAUGACCUCGACGAACUACCAGAGUCAUCGAGAUUAAAUACAUCUAUAUCCGACACGAAAGACCAUUCUCCUGCAGGUCAGGCAGCCGAUAGGGGAUCUGCCGAAAACAAUUUGGAGUCCAAAAAAUCUCGCUCACAUAACGUUCCGACAUUUUUAGUGUGA